AUGUGUCGNGCCGGACCACCGACUCAGCCGUCGCCACAGACGUGCGGUCGGCGUGAGAGCGGUUCGGUCGGCGACCGUCUGUCGGCUUCUCAUGUGUUUCAAAUGAGUGAAACGACUAAUUGCUACCCAAUUAUGUCUAAACACAAAUACCGGUGCAAUGAAUGCGGCCUUACCUGCGCUCACAUGUACAUCGAGCCAAUGGCCCCAACCUAUUGGGAUCAUGUCGUUCCACAUCAUCACUCUUUGCAUCACAAUUUCUAUUACAGAAAGAAAUCCGUAAGAAUUGUCGCGGAUUUCCUCUAUGAGAGGUGUCUCAAAGAAGUGAAUAUCAAUAAUUAA